AUCAUGACGUCAAGGUGGGCGGGCGGCGACAGGUGCGGGGUUGACAGGCAUCCUCCUUUAAGGCGGAGGGAUCCGGGGAGAGGGCGACUGUGCGGUGCUUCGCCUUAUUUAGAGCAACUGGGGGCGCGCAGUAGCUCUCUCGAGUCACUCCCGCGUCGCACGGCGGUGUGUGCGUUUCGGACGGCCCCGGCCUCCCCGCUCUCUAGUGCUUGCGGCCCUUCAUUUCCAAGAUGCCUGAGGAAGUGCACCAUGGAGAGGAGGAGGUGGAGACUUUUGCCUUUCAGGCGGAAAUUGCCCAGCUCAUGUCUCUCAUCAUCAAUACCUUCUACUCUAACAAGGAAAUUUUCCUCCGGGAGUUGAUCUCUAAUGCUUCUGACGCCCUGGACAAGAUUCGUUAUGAGAGCCUGACAGACCCUUCCAAGUUGGACAGUGGCAAAGAGCUGAAAAUUGACAUCAUCCCCAACCCUCAGGAGCGCACUUUGACUUUGGUGGACACGGGCAUUGGCAUGACCAAGGCUGACCUCAUAAACAAUUUGGGAACUAUUGCCAAAUCUGGUACUAAAGCUUUUAUGGAGGCUCUUCAGGCUGGUGCAGACAUCUCCAUGAUUGGGCAGUUUGGUGUUGGCUUUUAUUCUGCCUACCUGGUGGCAGAGAAAGUGGUUGUGAUCACAAAGCACAAUGAUGAUGAACAGUAUGCCUGGGAGUCUUCUGCCGGGGGUUCCUUCACUGUUCGCGCUGACCAUGGUGAGCCCAUUGGCAGGGGUACCAAAGUGAUCCUCCACCUUAAAGAAGACCAGACAGAAUACUUGGAAGAGAGGCGGGUCAAGGAAGUGGUGAAGAAGCAUUCGCAGUUCAUAGGCUACCCCAUCACUCUCUAUUUGGAGAAGGAACGAGAGAAGGAAAUCAGUGAUGAUGAGGCAGAGGAAGAAAAAGGUGAGAAAGAAGAGGAAGAUAAAGAUGAUGAGGAAAAGCCCAAGAUUGAAGAUGUGGGCUCAGAUGAGGAGGACAGUGGGAAGGACAAGAAGAAGAAAACCAAGAAGAUUAAGGAAAAGUACAUAGAUCAGGAAGAGCUAAACAAGACCAAGCCCAUUUGGACCAGAAAUCCUGAUGACAUUACCCAGGAGGAGUAUGGAGAAUUCUACAAGAGCCUCACCAAUGACUGGGAAGACCACUUGGCAGUCAAGCACUUCUCUGUUGAAGGUCAGUUGGAAUUCAGGGCACUGCUAUUCAUCCCUCGUCGAGCUCCGUUUGACCUCUUUGAGAACAAAAAGAAAAAGAAUAACAUCAAACUCUAUGUCCGUCGUGUGUUCAUUAUGGACAGCUGUGAUGAGUUGAUACCAGAAUAUCUCAACUUCAUCCGUGGUGUUGUUGAUUCUGAGGAUCUACCCCUGAACAUCUCUAGAGAGAUGCUCCAGCAGAGCAAAAUCUUGAAAGUCAUUCGCAAAAACAUUGUUAAGAAGUGCCUUGAGCUCUUCUCUGAGCUGGCUGAAGACAAGGAGAAUUACAAGAAGUUCUAUGAGGCAUUCUCUAAAAAUCUAAAGCUUGGGAUCCAUGAGGAUUCCACCAACCGGCGACGCCUGUCAGAACUACUGCGCUAUCAUACCUCCCAGUCAGGAGAUGAGAUGACUUCUCUGUCAGAGUAUGUCUCUCGCAUGAAGGAGACACAGAAGUCCAUUUAUUACAUCACUGGUGAGAGCAAAGAGCAGGUGGCCAACUCUGCAUUUGUGGAGCGAGUACGGAAGCGGGGCUUUGAGGUUGUAUAUAUGACAGAGCCUAUUGAUGAGUACUGCGUGCAGCAGCUCAAGGAGUUUGAUGGCAAGAGCCUGGUCUCUGUUACCAAGGAGGGUCUGGAGCUGCCUGAGGAUGAGGAGGAGAAGAAGAAAAUGGAGGAGAGUAAGGCAAAGUUUGAGAACCUCUGCAAACUCAUGAAAGAAAUCUUGGAUAAGAAAGUUGAGAAGGUGACAAUCUCCAAUAGGCUUGUGUCUUCACCCUGCUGCAUUGUAACCAGCACCUACGGCUGGACAGCCAACAUGGAGCGGAUCAUGAAAGCCCAGGCCCUUCGGGACAACUCGACGAUGGGCUACAUGAUGGCCAAAAAGCACCUGGAGAUCAACCCUGACCACCCCAUUGUGGAGACGCUGCGGCAGAAGGCAGAAGCGGACAAGAACGACAAGGCCGUCAAGGACCUGGUUGUGCUGCUGUUCGAAACUGCGCUGCUCUCCUCCGGCUUCUCCCUUGAGGAUCCCCAGACACACUCCAAUCGCAUCUACCGCAUGAUCAAGCUGGGCCUGGGCAUUGAUGAAGAUGAAGUGACAGCUGAGGAGCCCAGUGCUGCUGUUCCCGAUGAGAUCCCCCCUCUCGAGGGUGAGGAGGAUGCAUCUCGCAUGGAAGAAGUAGAUUAGAAGUUUCUGUCUUUUGUGCUCUGUAUAGUGUCCCCAUGGCUCCCACAGCAGCCUUGAGUGGCCCUGUCCCACUUGGCUCCCUCUGCUGUCUAGUGUUUUUUCUCCUGGUUUAAGGCAGGAAAAAUGGGCCUCAUUCCCUCUGACAACAAGAUUGGAUGUCGUGUGUUGUGGUUUUUUUGUUUAUCUUGUUCUGAAAUUAAAGUAUGUGAAAUAAAGAAAUGCCAUUUUAUACA